CCACCAUCUUCGCCACCCAUCCAUCCCCCCCCCUUUUUCGCCGAGCGUAAGACAAGUCUCCUCCGUGUCGAUGGAAUGUUGCUGACCAGGGAAGAGGAAAAGGACUCUUUUUGAUUUAAACUUUUUGAAAACAAAAGGCCCCGAAAGAAAUCCGGAGCUCAUCGCCGGCUGCGAAACUUUUCGGAUCCGGACUCGGGCGUCCAAGAUAAUGACCGUCAUCAAGAUCGAGGCCGUCACGGACCUGCUCUGUCCGUGGUGCUACGUUGGCAAAAAGAACCUCGAACGCGCCAUCGCGCAGUACCGCGCCAUCGACCCCUCGGCCGAGUUUGAGGUCGUCUGGAAGCCCUUCUACCUGAGCCCAGCCUUGAAGAGCACCGGCUACGACAAGCGCACCAUCUACAAAACCUACCUCGCCGCAUUGUCAGGCGACUUCACCACACACUUGGCCAGGGUAACCUCCGCCUGCGCCGAAGCUGGCAUAUCCCUCAACAUCGCUGGCUCCAUGGGGAACUCGCGUCAGGCCCACAAGCUCCUCGCCCUCGCCCUGCGCCGGAACGGCCCGGCCGCCCAGAACCGCUUGCUCGAGACUCUGUUCCGCGGCCACUUCGAGCUGGGGGAGGACAUCUCGGACCGCCACUUCCUGCUCGCGGCCGCGACGUCCCACGCUGUGGGGCUCGAUAAGGACGAUGCGCGGGCCGCGCUGGACGACGAUCGCACCGGCAAGGCGGUCGACGAGGAUGUGCUGGACGCGAAGCGGGCUGGCAUCACUGGCGUGCCGACAUUUACGGUCCAAGGAAGGUGGAGGGUCGGUGGUAACCAGGAGCCGGACGUGUUUUUGAGGGUGUUCGAGAAGGUUGACGAGGCAUAGCGAGCCGGUUUGGCCAAAGGCCUUGUUUCCCAAGUCCCCCAGUCGAGUCAGCGGCAUUGCGAGUAUCAGCAUAUCACCCAUAGCAGAGCGCCGGUGCUGGUUAUUGUUUGCAUUCAACAAAUUGGGUGUUUCUUUGCCUUCUUCAUAUGUCUGGUCAUAUCAGCAAGAAUCCUAGACCCCUGCCCCGGCCGUGGCCGAACCGUUUCCGAACCCAUCUAUAA